GCUCAUGUGGAUACCCAUAACUUGACCGGGAGCUUGAACGCUGUUUUUGCACUGUCAGCUUUUGAGGAUGGCGGAAUUGUCGUGGAGGACCCCUCCGGGCCCGAGCGGGCCUCAUACAAGGGCCAGGUGAUCUCUGGUCGCGUUGUUCCCUUCCGGGAUCGUGUCCUGCAGUUCGAUGCCCAAUCCCAAAAGCAUUGGACUCAGCCUUGGAAGGGUACUCGACAAGUUCUUGUGGCUUACAGUGUGCCUCUCAAAGGCCUAGCUGAGUCAGACAUCAAAUUUUUGCAUGGCUUGAAUUUUCAGUUGCCUUUCAUUGCCUCGCCGCCGGCUGUGCCUGUUGACCAUAGGCCCUGGGCGUUUGAGAUCUUUGCAGGGUCCGCUUCGCUCUCUAAGGCGUGGCAUCAAGCUGGACUUCAGGUCCUUUCCUUUGACAUUCAUGUCCGAGGCGCCUCCGUGCCCAUGGUGCCGCUGGACCUGACGCAGCCUUCUGCCGAGAAAAUUCUUUGGGACUUGAUUCGGAGAGUUAAGCCGAUUGCCUUACAUGUGGGCAUGCCGUGCGGCACUUCUUCGAGGGCUCGUGAGCGCAAGUUGCCAGCAAAGCUUGUUGCAGCCGGGGCCCCGGAACCCCAGCCUUUGCGUGAUGCUCAGCACCCACUAGGCUUGCCGCACAUUGAUCCUGCCUCUCUUGAUGGGAUUCGCGUUCAUAAGGCCAACCAACUGUAUGCCCUUUCUCUGCAGCUGGCCCUUUAUGCUGCCAGGCAUAAGCUUGUCAUUUCUUUGGAAAACCCCAGCCGUUCAUGGGCUUGGGCCGCCCUUAUCCAGAUGCUGAGGGCUCUUCAGUCACCUGCUGAUGAGAAGCUUUACAAUGCGCUGGAGAUUGUGGGAACCUGCCUUGCUGCCCGGUGCGGCCUGCCCCAAGUGUCUUCUGCCGCUGUGGGAAAACAGUCCCGGAAGCAUAAGCCACUGAUUCCUGAGUUUAAACAUGUUAUCACCGUUGCCGCUGAUGCCGUCACAAAGGACAUGAAAGUUUUGCGCGAGGUCUCGUUUCAGGGGGAGUUUGCGGGAGACCACCGCUUGGCCGUUGCAGGUGACAGCAGUUUGGCUAACAAGGAUUUUGACAAAGAAGUGGAGCCCCCUUCAGGUGUGGUGACCCUAGGUGCCUCUCCUUCUCCCCCUUCGGGUUCUAGUAGGGAUCCUCCACAGGGAAAGUCGGUGAAAGUGGGCGUGUACCACAGCCCAAGCGAUUUCUGUGAGAUGGCCAAGAACUUGCAACAUCCAUUUGACUACAUGCAUCCCGUUGCUUCCAUUACCAAGGAGGCCGUUGAUUUCUUGAUGAAUUCCAGUCCCGAACAAGUCGCGCUGCACCGCAAACUUGCUUUGUUGAAAUUGCAGCUUAUCAUCAAGAGAUCCGAGAAGGAGGAGGAGCGUCUUCAUGCAAGUAUGGAAGCUCCUGUGGCUAAGGUCAUGAAGGGCAAGAAGAUUGUUGCCUUAAGGACUUUGCUUGAACAGGAGGGGUAUGAUGAUCUUGCAGCCGUGGAUUUCCUGUCCAAUGGAGUUGGGGUUCUAGGUUCUGAGGAGCACCCCUCUUGCUUCGAGAAGAAAGUUAAGCCUGCAACCCUGACUGAGGAAUGCCUGCGGGAAACGGCACGUGCCCGCCGUGAGGCGAUCAUUGCCGAUGAGGGCAGAUGUGACAAGGUGAAGGCCAAGCUUUUGCAAGAGGUCACUCAGGAAGAGGCUAAGUUAGGUUUCCUUGAUGGGCCGUACUCGGCCGAGGAGAUCACCAACCUUGUUGGCCACGAGCAUUGGUGUGUGAUCAGACGGUUUCUUCUUGAUCAAGGGUCGAAGCAGCGUCCCAUCGAUGAUGCGUGCCAGUCUCAGACCAAUGCAGCUUACAGCACCACCAUUUGUCUUGAGCUCCACAAUGCUGACUACAUUGCAAGCGUUGCCCUCUUCAUCGCCAAGAAGGUUAAGGAGGGCCGUCAGCGUUUUGGGUCAGGGGAUUGGGUUGGUAAGUGCUUGGACUUAACUAAGGCCUACAAGCAGUUGGCAUUGCACCCUUCCCAUCGCGACCUCUGCGUCACUUACUUCAGGGGGCCGGACGGGAAGGAGAUGUUCUUCCUUCCUAACUCCUUGAUGUUCGGCGCAACGGCUGCCGUGUACGGGUUUAUACGGGUGAGUAGGUGCCUUUGGUUCUUAGUCAACCGGUGUCUGAGGGUUCCUUCAGCGGUGUACUUUGACGAUUAUCCCAUCUUCACUCCUUGCGAGGGUUCAAAGGAUGCGGAUGAAGCCGUGAGCCAGUUCCUGUCCAUGUUGGGAUGGGACCACGCCAAAACUGGCCAGAAGGGCAAGCCUUGUGCAUCUUCGUUCGACGUGUUGGGCAUGACGCUGGACUUGUCUCAGGUGCGCCAGGGCUUGGUGACCCUUCGCAACAAACCCGGCCGCGCAGAAAAGAUGUUGGAAGCUUUUGAGGAAGUGGAUGUCCCGGAGGCCAUAACAAGACAUCAGAUUCAGGUUUUACAUGGGUUGCUGAAUUUCGCUGCGGGAUUUUUGGCAGGGCGCUCUUUGAAGCACGUGUGCUACGAUCUCCUUGAACUUCUUGAAUGGAGGGGAAAUCUGGCAUUUGCAAGGCUGAAAGAGCUGGCACGACGAACGCGUGAGAUCCUUGAAGGGUCCCCGCCGCGACUUCUGUCAUGCCUGUUCGCCCCCGAACCCAUUUUGAUCUGGACCGAUGGAUCAUGGGAGUGCGGCGUUGCUGGUAUCGGUGCUUGUGUGUGGGACCCUCUUGCCCAGGCGGGACAAGUCUUCGCGGGCGAGGCUCCAGCUUGGGCUCUUGACGCUUGGAGGGCCGACUUUGACACUGACAAGGAACCUCAGCUGAUCUGUCACAUUGAGCUCUUUGUGAUGGUGACGGUCAGAUGGAUGCUCGCCGAGCGUCUGUUGAACAGGCGGGUCAUCCUGUUCGUCGACAAUGAGUCGGCCCGGUUUGCGAUCUUGAAGGGAGGUAGUAACAGCCGAGGGAUGAGUGAUCUGGUGAGGGCGUUUGAUCGCCCAGAUCUCAAGCACCCGAUGCUCUAUUGGGUGGAUAGAGUACCGUCGUACAGCAACGUGGCAGACGGACCUUCUAAGUCCACCGACGUCCGGCGCUGGAUCUGGAAGCAAUGGACUAGCCUCUCAGGUACCGAGGCAAGGGAAGAUG